UAUCUAAGAAACCAAAAAUAGCAAAAAACAAUUAAAAAGAAUAAAAAUAGAAAAGAAAAACGAGAGCUUGAGCGGGGGAGAGAGAGAGAGAGAGAGAGAGACAGAUGGAGGGUAAAUUGGCGGAGAGUAAGCGAAUUGCAGAGACUGCGGAGGCUACGACCACACCAGCAGGCAUGGUGUCGAAGAGAAGAAAAGUUGUUUGCUCCAGACAAUACUUGCAUUCCCCACCAUCGCCUCUCCGCUUGGAUUCUCCGACCAAGCUGGACUGCAUGCCGACCUCCGCCGCCGGUGAUUUCAGCUCCAAUGUUUGCCUCGAUCAUUCCGGUAUAUGUUGUCGCUGCUUCAACAAUGCGGCCAACGACGACGACGUUGACGAGAGCUUCAAACGUGUGGAUCUGGAGGAGGUUCCGAAUUCCGAAACCGUAAGAGCAAAAUCCAUUGAAGACAACGAAAUCAGAGAACAAGAGCCGUCGGAUGAACCGAGCGCGGACACCGUGGAACCUGAGACUGCAGGAGUACCUACGGCGGCGCUGGCGGUAGAGAACGACAGGAAUGAACCACCGGCGCGGAUUCUCCCUACGAUACAAGAAAUCGAGGAGUUUUUUGCCAAGGCUGAGAGCUACGAGCAAACGCACUUCACCGAGAAGUACAACUUUGAUUUUGUGAACGAUGUUCCCUUGGAGGGUCGGUACGAAUGGCUUCCUCUGAAACCAUGAACAACAGAGAAAAAGGCUAAAAUUACCACAGAUAGUACCGUAAAGACUACUGGUUUCAAAAUUUACUUUGGAGGAGGAAAAAAAAAAAAAACACUUUUUAUUUGCUUUUUGUACAGUUUUUUUUUUUUUUUUGGUUUUCCCUUAAUAUAUAUAUAUAUAUAUAUAUAAUAUAAAGAAUCUCUCUGCCUUUGUAGUUCUAAACCACAUUCGUAGAAGCUUCUUCUCUGCAAAAAAUUCUUAAUAAUAAUAUUUAGAAGUUUAUAAAUUUA